CGUUCGAGCGGCCGCCGAUAUGGGUGUAUGGAUGGAUGAUCGGUCGAUCGGACCGCAUUAUUUCAUCAUCCUCCGCGAUUCCGCGGUCCCGCGAUAGAAACCGUGUUAAAGAGACGCGUGUCGAGGUGAUCGAAAGGAAGAGAAUGCGGUAUGUGCGUGCGUGUGUGCAUGCGUGACGUGACGUGUGAAGUUGCCGGUCGACCAUCAGGAUGAUCACUGGUGCAAUAUACGCGGAAUGUGGCUAAGGACUUGAAUGCAUCGAUCAAUAUUUAUUGUAAUGCCGAUCUUUUUCGUUAUACAUAUUAUAUUGACAGACUGUGAUAUCGAUCGUGUAAAACUAAUUUUGUAUUAAGCUCAUAUAUAAUUUUGAAUGUGAAAGAAGAUUGAUUAGUUAACAGAGUCUUUAUAUAUAAAUACAGCGGCUAGAUCUACCAUCAUGUUAUAUUAAUAUUUAUCGGUAAAAUAUGACAAGUAAUGAGUAUCUUCCAAAUAUCUAACGAUAUUAAAAAUCUUUAUUAAUAUUAUCAGUAUGGGGGGAAGAGAGUAUGGUUAAUAAAUAUUGAUCAUUUGAGAGUUUCUUAAAGGACAGGUGUAUGAUGUAUCUUAGAUGCUGUGACCAUAGUUUUCCAGCGGUUAAAAAUCGGUUUGAUGAUGAGGAAUUUAUAAUAUAACAGAUAUUAUGCCUAUGAUGUUUUACCUAAUAUCAUCGUAAAGUGACUGCGAGACACUUUAGGUAUAUGAAAGUGUGAAAAAUGGUGAACAAGCCUGAAAAAAGAAUUGCAACGACAAGACGGGGCAAGGCAAUGGUGAAAUCGUGGUGUCAUAUCACUUCAUGGUGUGAAGUAACAUGCGUGCCUGAGCCUAAAGUCAUGGCCAAGAGUAUCGUCAAGAACAGCGAUGGAUGUCCCUUGCAUUGGGUUGAUAAUCCCACCGGGCAACCCAGACAUCUUCGAAUGGUUGUCUUCUUCUUAUUAACUAUAUUGGCGGUAUUAUGGUGCAUCCCUACCUGUCUCUAUCAUCGGAUCUCCGAGACUGGCCAGGCUGUAGUGUUGACGUUGGUGGACACCGCGACGGCGGAAUUGCAGAAUCUGGCCGAGCCGAAGAUCGACCGUGAGUUUUCCUCGAGAUCGUCCAUCAAGAAUUCCUCGAUAUUGAACGGUGACGAAAUCAGACAAACCGAGCACAUAAAAGAGAUCGUUGAGCCGACGACGCAAAUCCAACCGCUGAUUGUUGAUGAGACGACGGCGACGACGGAACGACCGAAUGACACGGAGGCUCUCGAGGACGACGAGGAAGUGCUUCUGCUGAAAAAGAUAUCCGCCGAGGAGGCGCCGGAGGUCGUGGUGAUCGUUAGAGCGGAGCAGAAAGUCAACACGGAUGAGUUGGAAUUGAGAUUCGAGGAGGAGGUCGGCCAAGUUCAGGUGUCCGAAGAGUUGUCCUCAAAGGUCGACGACACAUUUACUACGGCAUCGGAAUUGAAUGAUACGGCGGCCAGAGCACAAUUGAUUAGUGGUAGUAGAGAUGAAACUGUAGCAGUGAUCUUAGACGGGCUCGUUACUUCAGGCCCUUCCGAUCCGCAUGAGGAUAUACCAUCCUUCAGCGAAUGGGCACAGAAGCGUUUGGAGGAGGCCGAGAAGAAGAAAACUCAUCCAAAUGCCUCCGUGCAGACUCCAGGUAGUCCAGGACGAAGCGUAAGCGGUAUGAAGAUUCGUUCCAAGAAUUACGCCUCUCCCGACUGCGGUGCCAAAAUCGUCGCAGCCAAUCCCGAAGCGAAUAGCGCCAAAAAUGUUUUGGUGUCCACACGGGACGAGUACAUGCUGAACGCCUGUACAUCGCGUAUCUGGUUCGUUGUUGAGCUCUGCGAGGCAAUCCAGGCGAAAAAGAUUGAGCUGGCAAAUUUCGAGCUCUUCAGUUCGUCACCGAAAGAUUUCUCCGUGUAUGUGAGCGAUCGUUUUCCCACUAAAGAUUGGAGUCCAGUCGGUCAGUUCACUGCUAAGGACGUGAAGGAUAUUCAGAGCUUUGUUCUGCAUCCUCACUUCUUUGGUAAAUUCAUCAAGGUUGAGCUACAAUCGCAUUAUGGCUCGGAACAUUUCUGUCCCGUUUCGUUGUUUCGCGCUUACGGUACCAGCGAGUUCGAAGUGUUGGAAACCGAGACGGAGAAUCAGAUUCUACAAGAGACGAGAACGGAGAAUGACGAUGACGAGGAUAGCGACGAGGAGGAGCUAUUGGACAGUGAAAGUGGUAAUCCACCAAGAAACCUCUUUGGCAGCGCGCGCGAUGCUGUACUAAGUAUUGUGAAAAAGGCUGCAGAGGUUUUAGUGAAGUCCAGCGAUCUCACCGGAAACAACAUCACGGAAAUCCAGCAGAGUAUCGAUAAUGGCAAUAUCUUGGACAACUCAUAUACGAGCUGCACGACGCCUAGAUACACGAUCCUCUGCGGUAAUUGUACCGAUCAAAAGUUUGCCAGCGUUUUUCAGCUGGUCAGUUGUAGAGACCGGCAGUUGAAUGAUUUGCUUAAGAUCGAUUUGGUGAACAGAACUUUGAGACGGGGAAGACUAUGUAGUUUUCAUGGUGUGGAGAUUGAGUUGUCUUUGCGAGAAAAAGAGGAAGAAAUGAAUUGCAAUAAUACAACACGUUUCAAUUUGGCGGAUGAUCUUCAAGCGAUUUUUUUAACUUCUGUCUUUAAACCCGAAUACAUUGUGGCAUUGUGUAAUGUUCUGGCAACAAGGGACCGUAAGGUAGUGAUGAACACGAGUUAUGAGAUUCCCGUGAAUAGUUCCGAAAACGCUGCCAGAGAAAAUAUUUUAUCUACCAAGAUUACCGAUCAUAGUGGCGAGACCACUUCUCAUCAUCAAGUAUCUGUCACGUGUACUUUGGAUUUGAAUUCUCCUGCUUGCAAGUCUGGCUCGUUUUCUGGCAAAGAGCUCCGACAACAACGUUUGUUAGUUCAGGAUAUUAACGAGGAAACCGAGGAUAUCAGCUCUGCCUCCAUAAAGACUUCUGCUAGCAUAGACAGUCUGGCAUCGCAGAUCAAACCCACGAAGACACUCAGUAAGGAGGAUAUGAAGAAAGAAUCUUCCGUACCGAUCUUGGAACCCAGUAAGGAGCACACGGAUGAGACAUUGCAGCCAGAAGUGCUGACGACUGUUCCGCCACCGUCUAAUCCGACGCCAACAUUGAAAAUCGUCGAAGAGUUGCCGGUUCUGGGAACUUCUGUCGAGAUGACAUCAAAAACUAUAAGUAGCAGUCUGUCGAUGAAUUCGCUUGAGAAUCAAGAAACGGGUGAUACCCUCAUGCUUGAUACGGAAAAUGCCGAAACUAUUGUACAAAUCAAAACAAACAAAUCAGAAAAUGGCGAGCAAGAUGGGAAACAGGUGAAAGAUCUGGGCGAGCAAGAAGUUCGAUUGUCGUCUCAAGAUCACCUUACGCUGGAUACAUUAUUUUCCGAUUUGAAAGAUUUGGAGGGUGACACAGUUAACAUGCAGAAUGGGGCGUCUAGCUCUUCAUCAAUGGCUCAACCUACAGCAAGUGCUGCGCCUCAGAAGGAGUCCGUUUUUCUUCGAUUGUCCAACAGAAUCAAGGCUUUAGAAAGGAAUAUGUCUCUCAGUGGGCAAUAUCUGGAAGAAUUGAGUCGUCGUUACAAAAAGCAAGUCGAAGAAAUGCAGCGCUCAUUGGAGCGCGCAGUAGCUGCUAUGAGCGAGGAGUCUCGAAAGAGUGAGGAGCGCGAAGCGAAGAAAGUGGAGGAGAUCGCUACUUUAAGAGAAGAAAUCGCUAUACUCUCGAAAUCAGUCGAGACUCUUCUUUAUGAUCGUGACAGCUGGCGCAGUCGAAUAUCCGCAAUUGUCCAGCAUGCCUUAUUGAUUUGUUUGGAAGUCAUCGUUAUCAUUGUGAUUCUCUCUUACUGCCGUAAAGGAGAUUUCGAAGAAGAGAAAUUUCAGUCAGAGACAAAGAAGGAGAACACGCGUCGAAAGAGUGCGGAAAACUUUAAUUCUCAUGCUGCGACGAAAAAAACGAAGAAACGGCGACCUAGCGAGAUCGCUUCUCACAUUAGCGGCACGUAUCACGAGCUGAUGAUCGACGAUCGAUCUCAUGAGACAAAAAAGGAGCGAAAAAAGAAACGCAAGAAGGAAAUAAUCGCUACCGGAAUCUACCCUAGAGUAGGAGUUAAUUUCGACGCGAAGCAAGAAGCAAUUCGUUACAAGAGUGUAUUGAAUGUGAUCCCUGACGGUAUGACAUUGCCAUCGAGAAGAGCAUCGUCCAUAGCAUCUCUACGUUCUAAAGAAUCGCAGAACUUGCCUGACAAGAGGCCAGAAUCUGCGCCUGAGGCUGCCAUUGGUUGGUUCGAUGAUCAAACAGAGAGGAGAGAACGAAUCGCGCAGCCUGCAUCGCCGAAAGAUAAAGUCUUUAAGAUAAAAUCAGAUUUUGAACUUGUUCGUCAAGAUGAUGAACUCAGCGAAUCCAAUUCGUCGUCAGUGAUUGUGCACAGAUCUGUUGAAGAAUCGGCCACGAUUGAGCGGAAAAUCGGGGGCUCGAAAAACGGUUCGUUCAGAACCAGUGGUAUCCUUAAGGGCGCGAAAUUAAGUUCGCCUUCUUUCAUGAAAACUGCUUUAGGCACGAGAAGUAAAAGAAAGUUCUCCUCAAACUCCAUCGAGAAGUGGGAAUGGAGCCAGGAUUCGGAAUAUUCAAACAACAGGUCUUUCCCGUCCAGUCCCACGGGUUUGAAGACAUUAUCACAGACCAUCGACGGUAGCAUCAAUGGUGAAGCCGCGAAUGGCUUGAUCGAAGAAAGCGACGAAUCGAGGAGCAGUAAUGUUACACCUACAUCGAGCAAAAAAGAAAAAAGAAGCGCUGGUCUAAAAAAAAUGGUAAGAAAGUUUUUCUGAUUGAAAUAGACCCACACACAGACUGAACUGGAACAUUGAUCUUUGCGUCGAAUUGCCAUAUAAACUGCAGGUAGGCAUUACUCGUUAUCGUGUGAUAAAUUGAAGUAAUCGAUUUAAACGAGACUAAGACGAAAGUACGAAGCAAGAUUGAACUGAAAAGUCUCGCGAAUUUAUAUAAUUAAAUUUUAAAUUACAUACUCUUACAUCUUUUAGAGAAUCGAAGAUGGAUGAAUGAAAUAUGAAAACUUUUCAAAGUUACGAUGUAUGAAUAAGUUUUCGCCUGAGCACGAUCUUACCCAUCUUAGUUGUGUAUAGACUAGCAAGCGGUGUGUUAAUUAUUUGAACUUAUUAAUGUUAAAUUCUUUUUUUUUGCUCAAAGCUACAUAUAAUUUGGAGAAUAUAUCAGAACUUUAAAAGAGGCAAAUGUGAAAUAGCUUACAUAAAAUUUCUAAGUGCUACAAAUCGAGACAGAAAAUCAUUAAGCGUGACCGCUUAAAUUUCGAAAGUUUCCUCUAUCACUUACAUCAUUUACUAUGGUAGUUGUCUUUUUCGUUUAUAUGUGAUAAUACGCGGUUUCACGCACCACGAUCACAGUUGUGCUUUACUUAUUAGCAAUAAUCGUAUCAUACGUAAUCAGUAUGCAUGCACGCGUUACAAAAUACAAAGAAAUACAUAGAAGUUUGCUACGAGAUAUAUUUAACUGCGUUAUUGUCACAACCGUGAGAUUACCCCACCGUUGCGAAAGAUAAAUAAAAUGAGAGAGAAAAAGAGAUUUAUAAACAUAUAUUACUUUAUGUAGAAUAUAUAUUAUAUUGAUUGGUCUUAAUUGAUGUAACAAUAUAAACUACAAUGAUAUAGAGAACAUUUCUACGCUUUUGUUUUAGAUCGAAUUCGAAUUAUUUAAUAAUUUUUCGUUAUUAAUCAUCGCCAAAGAAAGAGAGAAAAUGAAUAAAUGAAAUGUUACGAGCAAAAUUUUAAGACAUUAACAAUAGUCACAU